UAGGUUAGUGGCCAUCAUGAGGUUUGUUUACCUGUUAAGAGGACCAGACCCCAGGACACGUGAGGCUCAUCACUAACUACUCAACUACUCCAUCAUGGCUGUUCGUUGUCAGUUUGAAGGUUCUAAUGAGAUUGGUGUGUUUUGUAAGCUGACAAAUUCGUUCUGCCUGGCGGGUAUUGGCGCCUCUGCUAACUUCUACAGCAUCUUCGAGGAACAGUUGAGUGAAGCGAUACCAGUUGUGUACGCUUCCAUCGCUGGUUGUCGCAUCAUUGGCUCCAUGGUUAUUGGCAAUAGACACGGCCUCCUCGUACCCAGCACAACCACAGACAGCGAACUCCAACACCUCCGAGACCACCUGCCAGAGAAGGUCAAGCUCCAGCGUAUAGAGGAGAGAUUAUCUGCCUUGGGGAACGUUGUUGUUUGUAACGAUUACGUCGCUCUCGUUCAUCCCGACAUAGACAGGGUGCGGUUCGUCGUUAAUUAUAUUGUAUUACUCGUUUACAGAGAUGGGUAGUUUGGGGUAUAAGAAAUGGUUGUAAACCAAGAGACCAUCUUCACUGGGAUACCGCUGUCCAACCAGGGAGGCAUUGUGCAUCCUUCAACCCCGACCCAGGAACAGGAUGAACUCUCCAUGCUCCUACAGGUUCCUCUAGUGGCCGGCACUGUUAACCGAGGCAGCAACGCGUUAGCCGCCGGGCUUCUGGUGAAUGAUUGGUCGGCCUUCUGCGGCAUGGAUACGACGGCCACCGAGAUCAACGUGAUUGAGAGCAUCUUUAAGAUUAGCGACGCCCCCCAGGCCGCCAUAUCUACUACCAUGAGGAACGCUUUGAUUGACAGCAUGGCGUAAAUUGUCGCCGCCUCUGUGUGAAACCAAGAGGAGGAGGAGGAGGAGGUGUGGACAGACAACACCAAUGUUAAAGGAAAUAUGAGUUACUAUUGUCAUCAUCUGUACAAGUAUGUCUAGGUGUGACUGACCUCGCUGAGUCUCAUUAGCACUGAGCAUUAUAAAGGUCCACCAUUAUCCCUGUUCUUCAUGUAUUGGUCAAACAAACAUGUAUUAUAGUAUCAUGCUUGUGUUUGUGACAAUAAAGGCAUAUACAUAAUAAGUCAUAAUAGUUAAUGCUAUAAUAUCGUACUUUAUUUCAAGACGGUGCUCUACCCUACUGCUCAUAUCGGCCCUUCUGUAUACUCUAAGCUGCUGUGUCUCUUUUAUUAAUGUUUUUCUGUGUAUCCUAGCAUUUUGGGGUCUGAAUGAAUCUUGUGUUAUAUCUCCCACCAACCUGUCGUACAGUCCCGGGAACAAUGCCGGUAGGUGAGUUGUGUCGUCUUGGUACGGUAUCGGCGCGUGAGUGUGAGAGUUGGCUUCUGGUCGACCAAUACAAAGUUAUUAUGGUAUCGUAGUUUGAGGUAUUUCAGUCCUUUUCAAGUGUUGUAAAAUAUCAUCAUCAUCGUGGGUUAGCUGUCGGCAACAUCGGGUAUAUACAAGGUCAUUUCUGUAUUGACCGAGCAUCAUCAAAUACCGCUCGUGCUUUCUCAUAUUCCUGAUGCUAACUGCCCGAACUUGUGAGAUUAUAUUGGGGCGAUUCAAUAGUUCCUCUACGCCUGCGGUGGUACGAGGUCGUUGUUUAUCGGAGAACCCUAAAUGAUUAUGAUAUAUUAGGAUGUGUAAUAAACAGUUGCUAAAGUUAACGUUUGGUUGUAUCAUUGUGAAGAGUGUAAAUGGUCUUGACAAUGAUCACACUUUAUACCUGUUGAUGGUUAGGUUCCUCUUCGUUGUUUGUCGUAAAAUAUUAUAAUUAUUUGGGGUCGUGGGAUAAAGAAAAUUAUCCUGUAUUUGUUCAUUGUUAUACUGAACCUCAUUAUAUCUACAUUGUUAUAUAUAUUUGUUCUGCUUAUGGUAACUAGUGGAUUGGGUGAGAGUAAACUUUAUAACUGGACGCCACUCCCAUUAUUGCCAUUAAGUAGAACAAUAUACCUGUACAAUUGUGUAGGUAUAAAUAACAAUAUUUUACAGGUGUCCUUCACUUAACAAGCGUUCCAGAUAUGAAAAUUCACUUCUUCGAAUUUCUUAAAUAGACACAUGUUUUCUAACGAAACCUUCUCCCGUUUCUUUGAAUUUGUGUCCCGGCAAAAAUUCAUAUCGCACAUCCCCGGGACUCGACUGGAGCAGCCAUAUUGGAGAGAUGGGCAGAGACGUAUUCUAGCUCGAUGAUCAUAACAACCCCUCUAUCUCCCUACCCUGGCCUGUGUCUUUUGCUCAGCCAUUUACUGCCCCUUGUGGUCAGCCCCGACUCAUAAGGUAAUCGCUCCCUCCAUUAAGUAGUAAAUUACAGUAGAUGGGGCAAUGGACUAUUUUUCAUUAGUUAAGUUGGGUUUUUUUUUUGUUGAUCUUGAACCAAUUUCAUGUUUUGGUUUAUAAUGUUUGGGUUUACUUGUCGUUGGGAAGUAAAUCCUAUUUUUCCCCCCAUUUGUUCUGUUAUUCGAGAUAUGAAAAUUCUCUUAACAAUAGUAAUCCAGGAAGCUAUAACCGCCUUAGUGGUCUUUUGACACAAAUUGCAUCGCUAAGCAGUACCGUGACCCCGAGCAGCACUCCUUCCAUAAUCAGAGACGAGGGGACUGUGGACUGGCCCGACCAACCACUCGAGGUCCUCCCACUAGUCUCACGUGCUGGCAGAUGCGUCUCUAAGGGUGGGUCUGGUUCGCUCUACCCAAUGUUAGGAUGAACCGUUCCUGUUAUGUGCCGAACAACUGCCAGGGGGUUAAGUGAGGGACAUAUGUAUAGGCAUAAUAGAACCCACUACCUACAUCAUCACUACAAGCACACAGGGACAUAGGAAAUAAUACUUGGACAUACACAGUCUUUUCCAUGGCUCAGAGAAACAACAAACACUGUUUUUAAUUACUGGAAACAACAACUACUGUAUAAAAUAAACUUGUAGUUUGAGUUUUUUUAAGGUUAUCCAAUAUUAUAGACAAGUUUGUUUGUUUUCUUGUAUAAUUCUAAGAUUUUUUUCAGUCACAUUGUAAUAAAGUGUGAAAAUAUUUGUUUUUUCUUUUAAAUCUCAAUCCAGUAUCAUUCCAAAUUAAUUGUCGCUGUUGAUCCAUUCAUGUGUUAAGUUAUCCAUCCAUCUAUCCAUUUGGCCAUUCAAAAUUAAUUCAUUUGUCAAUCCAUCCAUCAAUUCUUGUCAUACUAUUUAUCUUUUAAUCCAGUCAUCUAUCCCUCCAUCCAUUUGUCCAUCCACCAAUCACUGUGAACUAAACAUUAUAUUGUAUAUAGUAUAACCCAAGGCUCUCUUAGCAAGAUACGGUCACUCACCCCUCUGUGUCUCGACUCCACUGGGCCAAGCUACCAACGGCCACGAGGUACUGUAGAGGUAGUUUGUAUUAUUUAGGAAUGUGUCAAAAGAUAGCUGGAUGGUUUUUAAUUUUGUGAGAUGUUAUAAUUAGAAUGCCUAAGGUUGACUCUUGAGAAUGAGGAGUCCGGUUAGGUUUUCUUCCUACCCCGAAAAAGUAUACUAGUGCAUGGUGAAGAAUUUGUUGUCGUUCAUUACGAGUUGUUGUUUAUUGAUUUACCAGUUGUCAGCUUGGGUUGAAUAGUUGGUGGUGGUACUCUGAUGGACCUAACAACCACUGGCUUAUUUAGUUUACUUCAGUAUGAUAAUGUUCAGUAGAUAUGUACAAAUAUCAAUUUAUUAAUCUUAGGAAGUCAAUGGAUUCGGCGUAUUUUUUUUUCAAAGAUGUAAUUUCUGGAUCUAUUUCAUGAGUUAAAAGUAUUGUGUCUGUGUGCUAUUUACUCAUCACUGAAACACACUAAAAAAUCCUCAGAGUUUGAACUUACUAACAGUGAUGUGCCUGACAAUAGUGAAUUAAUAAGAGUAAUGGAGAUUAUAAUGAUUUGUAAGCCCUGUACUGUACUCUACCCCCUCACAACCUAUGGAAAAAUAAACUACUGUAUUACAACAAUAUAAGAGACGCUCCUGACAACAACCUGCCUAGUGGGUCAGAAAUGUGUUGUUUAUACAGUACCACUAUAUUGUAUUAUCCUAGGUGUUGUGUGGGGGAGUCAGGGAGCAGAUUGGUGACCUUUAUGUACGGUCGAAAGUCUGUAAAAGAAGAGAUUAGAUUUUGCACACUUCUCAGGUCUGCAUUAAUAUCGUUCAGUGAAUCAAUCGUAGCUCAUGGCCCACACCUUGAUAAGUCUCUGAAGAUGUUCCUCGGGAUGCGGCACCUUCCCUCAUUCUCACUCACGAGUUCUGUCCUCCAUCUCACUCCUCCGAGACAGACGGCAUACUCUACUCUUGGUUUGAUCCGAGUUUAUCUUGCAAAACACUUCGGACUCGCAUAACCCCGUGUCCUGGCCGCCCCACUUGAUAUUUUUGGUGGGUUAUGUUAAGUCCGAAGGUGCAGGACAGCGGCGGUGGCUUCUGUAACUCUCCGAGAUGUUAAAAAAAUGUGUGGAGGGAACUCGUGUACCGUAGUGACUUAAUCCAUGGUAGUAAUGGCUCACAAGAUUAGUGUUCACCUUAAUGUAUCCCAACACCAAAUGAUACUCAAGCCUAAUAAGUAUGAGCUGUGAGAAUAUUCCUCUGUUUGCAUUAUUCAGUAAAAUAUAAGUCUUCA